UAAUGACACCCAGCUCAUCUAUGUGGGUGCUUUGUGUAAGUGCAUGGCACACGAAGCGAGAGAGAGCGAGUGAGCGAGAGAGCGAGGCAGGGCGGGUGGUAAAUGGUAAAACUGCACCACAGGAUGCAGUUGUUUCCUAUAUACCAGCUUUCCCUCAUGAGCUGCCCUGAUGAACCAACCCGCCAGUACACCCCACCACUGCUCUGCACCCGCACGGAAACAGCGUGGAACCUGCCUGGACCUUUGUGAUCCCAGCAACAUGAGCUUCUUCCGCGAGGGUGGAAAGACUCUGUCCUCCAUCGGCAUCCUGUCCACGUUUUCUGCAAGAAGCCCCACGCGCCAUCUGUUCAAGGCCCUCACUGUGGUCUUCAGCCUCAGCACCUAUGUUGUGUACCUCUGGGCCGUGACCCUGUACAACAGUGGCGGAAGACUUGCCACUAAUCAUCGCAACCUCACCAUCCUCCUGUGGCACUGGCCAUUCAGGAAGCCGUACAACCUGGCUGGAGACGUUUGCGGCGACUGGUACAGCAUACCCGGCUGCCUCUUGAAGGACAACCGUAGCCUGUUCCACCAGGCCGAUAUCGUGGUCUUCCACCACACCGAGCUAAAAACGAGAUCCUCGGGCCUUCCGCUUCAUUUGCCGCGUCCACCCAGACAGAAGUGGGUGUGGAUGUCCCUGGAGUCCCCAGCCACCAAUCAAGACCUGACCUCCUUCAAUGGCCUGUUUAACUGGACGAUGUCUUACCGGCUGGACGCCGACAUCUUCAUCCCCUAUGGAAAGCUGAUCCCCAGGACGAGUCAGGAAGAUUACACUGUUCCCAACAAGAACUGCCUAGUGUGCUGGGUGGUCAGCAACUUCCAGGCGAAACAUAAGAGGACCGCGGUCUACAGGAGCCUGAGACAGUUGAUCCCCAUUGAGGUGUACGGGAUGUUGGCGAAGAAGCGGCUGCCUGCCAGUCAACUCCUGCCCACGAUCUCUCGUUGCCGCUUCUACCUGGCUUUUGAAAACUCCCAAUCCAGGGAUUACAUCACUGAGAAGCUGUGGCGAAACUCCUUCCAGGCAGGCACCGUGCCUGUAGUGCUGGGCCCGCCGCGGCCCAACUACGAAGCCAUGGUGCCGGGCAACUCCUUCAUCCACGUGGACGACUUCAACUCCACUGCGGAGUUGGCCCGGUUCCUUAUCCAGCUGGCGUCCGAUGAAGAGCGCUACCGCUCCUACUUCCGGUGGCACCGGCACUACGACGUCAAGCUCUACACGGAUUGGAGGGAAAGACUUUGCAGUAUUUGCGCCCGCUACAACCAGCUACCUCACAACAAGGUGUAUCAUGACCUAAACUCCUGGGCCAACAAGACCAUGUGACCAUAUGGUUCUGCAUCAUAUUGCAAAGCUCUUCUGGAAUUUAAACACUGAUGAAAA